AUGAUAAAAAAUUUCAUCUCAAAUUUUAAUAUUCCCACUGGUUCAAUGACAAAUCUUGCUUCAAAGAAUGCAAAUAAUAAUACAUCAAGCAAUUUUAAUCAACUUGAAAGUGAUGAUAAUAGUAUUUUCGUAGAUAAUUAUGCCGCAAGAGAAAAAAUAGUAUUAAAUGUUGGUGGUAUAAAGUAUGAAACAUAUAGAUCAACAUUAACAUCUUAUCCAACAACAUUGCUUGGAUCAAUAUUUUGUUAUAAUGAUGAUGAAAAUCCUUUCUUGGAUCCAGCUCAUGAAAAUGAAUUCUUUAUUGAUCGUGAUGGUCAUUUAUUUCAUUAUAUCAUGCAGUUCUAUCGUACCGAAGAUGAAUUAGAAUAUUUUAAAAUUCCAACUUAUCCACCGUCUCAAUAUUCAGCCACCACUUUAUCGCCAAAUCAACUUUCGUUACGUCACAAAAUGAUUGCAUCAGAAAUUGAUUCAUUCACAAAAGUACUAACUGACGCUUUACUUACAAUUUCUUCACAAUUUAAAAGAGAUUUCUUUUUCAAACGACAAUUCAUAAUUAGAUUCGAUAUAACAUUUCAUCAUAAUGAUCGUAUAACAGAUUUCAAUAUAAUGCCAAGUGUUAAUAAUACUUUAAAACAACAAUUAUUUAAGAAUCUUGAAAGUUUCGCUAUGUUGGGUUACGCAAUCUUGGACAGAUUUAAUGAAGAAAUUGGUAGAUACAUGACAACCACUGUACAAGGAUGUACCUGGGAAUGUAAUAAGGUAGAAGAUUUUGGUUGGACCAGUUCUCAUCAAUCAUAUAAAAUUAGAAUUGGUGUUGAGAAUAGUUUUGAACAUGAUGAUGUUGUGGGAAAUUGUUGUUUGGCUGCUGUUGGUUCUGAAUCAGGAAUUAUUAGUCCAAGUGAUUCAAUAUCAAAAGAAUAA